GAGUUCAAACAGUUAAUGUGCUGCCUUAGGAAUGCAGCUCUAAAAGCUAAUACUAGAUUAUAGAGACUGAUAGUAUACAUAGAUUUUUUGUGUUUUGAAACUAGAACUUACUGUAAUUUGCUUUAGUUAUUUAAAAGACAUAUGAUGUCCAUCUUGAAGCAUUGUGUGACUGGACUACUCAUUCGCGGGUUUUUUAUAGUCUACGGAGAGAUACAGGACAGAGUCUCGUUGGUUCCGUACACAGAUGUAGACUAUCGUGUGUUCACAGACGCGGCUAGGCAUGUUGUGGCUGGCAGUUCGCCGUAUCUCAGGCACACUUACCGAUACUCCCCAGUUAUAGCAUACCUAAUGGUACCCAAUGUUCUUGUGCAUGUGGUGUGGGGGAAGAUAGUGUUGUCACUGAUAGAUGUGGGCGUUGGUUAUUUAAUUUAUAGGUUAGUACUGGUGAAAAAUGACAAGUCAUUAUCAAAAAAUUGUGCCUACUUUUGGCUUUAUAACCCAUUGCCUAUUGUCAUCACUACUAGGGGCAAUGCUGACUCAUUAUCAGCAGCCCUGGUGUUGAUGACAGUGCUGCUACUGUGCAAAGGGAGGAUUGUGUUGGCAGGCAUGAUGCACGGUUUAGCCAUUCACUUGCGUCUCUACCCUCUAGUCUUUUCUUUACCCAUGUACCUUGCUUUGCGUUCUACCGAUAGCAAGUCUUACGGUCUCUGUCCGAACUGCACCCAGGCAAAACUUGUAGCUUCAUGUGUAAGUGUAGUUGUAGCUUUGACUGCCUUCUUUUAUUUUUGCUAUGAUUUUGAAUUUCUUCAAGAGAGCUUCCUGUACCACCUUUCUCGCAGAGACAUCAGGCAUAAUUUUUCAGUGUACUUUUACAUGCUGUACCUGACUGCAGCGAGCCCAACCCCCAGUUUACUGUUUAAAAUCCUCACGUUCGCUCCACAAGGAAUUUUGCAGCUUGUCUUUUCCUUUGUCUACGGCUCCAAGGAUAAAUUGAUGUUCUGUUUACUCGUACAAGCCAUCGUCAUGGUCACGUACAAUCCUGUGGUAACAUCUCAGUACUUCAUGUGGUUCCUCUCCCUCCUGCCAGCAUGUGCACCAGCACUGGCUGUCUCAAAAAAGCAGGCGAUAAUACUUGGAGCGUCGUGGGGGUUGGCACAAUUACUGUGGCUUAUUCCUGCAUACUUCCUAGAAUUUCAAGGCUAUGACACAUUUCUGUUAGUGUGGGUUCAAAGCCUCAUAUUCUUGUGUGUGAAUAUCACCAUAUUAGUAGAAUUGAUCAAGAUGUAUGACGAUUGUAAAGUAUGUUAACUUGAAAUUUUUUAAUGUUCCUGUUCUGUGAGCUUUGAAAUAUAUUUGUAAAACUAACAAA